AUGCGGUACCGGUCACCGGUAUACAAACUUCGUAUCGGUAUGCCGGUGACCGGUUUACCGGUCGGUACCGGCUUCUGGCGAGCAAUUGAUAAUUUUAUGUCAGCUGUUGGUGGUAUGAGGUGUAUGACAGCUGAAAAAUGGGCCGAAAUUUUCUUAACGGGUGAUUUUGAAAUGUUUGUGCAAGAUGAUCGUGGUGGCAAACAAGGCGAAUCAUUCUUUGAUGUUCCUCCAGAACUGGAGAUUCCAGCUAAGUUGUAUGUAGCUGAAGCUUCGUCACAAAAAUCAACCGUCUUCAAAGCGCUUGAUGUUUCAAAUUAUAUUGACUCACAAUACUAUGAACUUACGAAUACGAAUAAAAGCAACAAUGAAUUGAUUAGGUCCGAACGAAUGUGUCGGUUGGAUAUGAGACGGUGGGAAUGUAAAUUCGAGUCGAAUACACAGCGACCAUAUUUUCAGGGCCAUGACAGAGCAGAUGUUUUGGCAUACAGAAAAGAAUUUCUUAGUUAUUUUUUGUCAAGAAAAAACAAUUAUUAUCUUGUUAAUAUUGGUGAUCAGCCGAUAUGGUCUAUUCCAACGCAACAACCAAGAAUACUUAUUUGUAAGUUCGAAUAUCAAAUUCACAAGGCAUUUUGCAAUAUGUCUCCUGCUUUCCCUCGCUGUCUAUGUCACGUUGACUCAACGUUCAGAUCUGGCGAGGUAUUCGCCAAACGAUGGAUCUAUGAUGAUAAUCAUACAGCGACAGCGACAAUCAGCAGUGGAACCAAUUUAUAUUUUAAAAAUGAUACAAUAUUAUCACAAUUUGAGCGUCUGUUCCGAAUGUUGGAAUUUAAAACUGAAUAUAAGAACCACCAUAUUGAUAUUUUCGUCGGUAAUGCGAGAACUCACACGGCACGUCAGUACAGUAUACAUGAUUUCGGUAAAAAUAUUAAUACCAGAUGUCCAGUUGAUCAUAUUGAAUUUUCUGAUAAAAAUGGUGUGAAACAAUCGAGACAUUGCUAUAUUGAAAGUGGACCAAAUAAGAAUAAGAGUAAGGGCCUACUGAAGAU